GAUAAAUGUAGACACACACUAUCGCUUACCAGUAUGAAGUUUGUAACGCUUAUGUUUUGUUUUAAAUGAAAUGAUCACACACACACACACACAGGCAGGGAUGCGGUACGUCGGUGCUACAUCAUAUUACACCUAUAUGCUUACUAACGAUGACUGAUAGACGAUUUUUAAUUUUUUCUUAUUUUAUAUUUUUCAUAUAAUCUGUGGUUAAAUUUUAAUGAUUUCUCAUGACUGACUCCAGCACACCGACCAUGGCCUUUUGGUAUUUCGACAAAGAUGAAUUACAUCGCACCGCUUCAGCUCAGGACAGUAUACCACACGAGAUAGAGUCUCGUUACCGUCAAGAAGGAGCAAGGUUCAUCAUUGACGCUGGUACCAAAAUGGACUUGGGUUAUAAUACAAUGGCUACCGGUGUUGUUUAUUUUCAUCGUUUUUAUAUGUACCAUUCUUUCAAGACAUUUCCUAGAUAUCUUACAGCUUGUUGUUGUUUGUUUCUUGCGGGUAAAGUAGAAGAAACGCCAAAAAAAUGUAAAGACAUAAUAAAGAUAGCUAAAGCACUAUUACCUGAUGAUAAAUAUGAAACCCUCGGACUAGAUCCAAAGGAAGAAGUAAUGGUGCUUGAACGUAUUUUGUUACAAACAAUUAAAUUUGAUCUGCAAGUUGAUCAUCCAUAUCAGUUUUUAUUAAAGUAUGCUAAAUGUCUAAAAGGUGAUAAGGCUAAACUCACUAAAAUGGUUCAAAUGGCUUGGACAUUUGUGAAUGAUAGUUUAUGUACAACACUUUGUCUUCAGUGGGAACCAGAAAUAAUUGCAGUUUCAUUAAUACAUUUAGCAUGUAAAUUGAGUAAAUUUGAGCUCAAUGAUUGGCAGGGUCGUAUGCCAAAUCAUUUGCGUUGGUGGGAUAUGUUUGUGCAAGGAAUGAAUAUGGAUUUGCUUGAAGAUAUCUGUCAUCAAGUUUUAGACCUUUAUUCAACUCCAGACAAAAAUGCACCACCAUCUCCUCCUACUCAAGAUAAAUUUGUAGUACCCAAAAAAAUUAUACCACCACAAUCCAUUUAUCAGAAAUUAUUAUUGCAAAAAAUGGCUGCUAAGUACAUGUUUACUCCUGAUCAAGCAAUGCAAGCAGCUAUUACAAAAAACGUGAAAAUGUUAACUUCGCCAAAUGCUUCAUCAGUCAAGCAAUUAUUACCCAUGCCACCAGGAAUUAAACAACCAUCAAAUUCUGUUAUUCCACCAAAAUUACAAAAUGCGCCAAAACCAUUUUUGCCACCACCUCCUACACCACCAAAAAUGUUAUUACCACAGCCACCCUUAAAACGACCCCCACUUCCAUUAACAAGACCACCAUUACCUACAAUGCCUCCACCACCACCUCCCCCAAAUCUUCCACCUCCUCCGCCUGUGCCAAAUCAAAUGCUAUUGCCACCAAGUGUCACUCAGAUGCCACCACCACCUAUGCAACCACCUCCACCAAUACCACCUGCUGGUUUUCCCAUGUAUCCUUAUCCUCCACAUGCAGCUCAACCAUUUACAAACUCUAUGUUUUCUCAGCCUCCAAAUAUGAUACCUGCGGUGCCUGGGCAAUAUCGGCCUCGUGAAGCUAUUGCUUCUAUGGGUGUACCAUUUAUGGGUGAAUCAGUACCUCCAAGAGCACCUUAUGGAGAAAAUUAUAAUCAGCGAGAAAACAUAUCACAGCAACAAUCACAAACAUCGAAGCAAUUCAAUGAGUAUGAAAUGCAAGAUUCUUAUGAAGAAAGCAGGCAAAAAUAUAAUGAAAGUCGAGCAUUCAAUCGAGAAGCAGCUUAUGUUGCUGGAACUUAUGGUAAUGGAUCUCAGCAUUUUGUUGAUGGCAGUCAACAUUAUACUGAAAAUAUUCCACAUUAUGUUGAUGGUGGUAAUCAACAUUAUUCGGAUCCAGCUUAUCAACCAUUUAGAGGAAAUAAUCCAAACAAACGAGGUUUCAAUAACAGAAGUAACAGACCUCUACCACCCCCUCAGUACCAACCAAACAGACAAAUUCGGAAUCAUCCAUAUCAGAGACGAUAGUUUUGCUCUUUUAUAAAUGUAUAUGUACAGUUAAAGGGCCACAACUCAUCAUCAGUGUUUAUGGAUUGGAUACUUUUGGAAAUGAUGUUGUAAGAGGUUAUGGAGUUUGCCAUCUUCCAAUAGU